AGUACAAACAGGCAUGCAGUUCGUAAAGCGCGCGUCCGACAACCUCAAGUUGUCUUCUGCAUUUUCUCCCCUCCUCGAAGAUCGAGCAGACUGGACUCGUUUGAUAAAAGAGAUCGUCAGUUACGCACACGAUGCCAUCGUUGAACACGUUCCGCGUGGUUUUUGAUAGACCGGGUGCCACGUACGUGGCUGGUGAAGCAGUCACAGGGACCAUCGUCGUGGAUACUAUAAAGGAAAAGAACGUCAGAGGACUGUAUUUCUCUGCCAAGGGCGAAGCCCGUGUGCGAUGGACGGAAAGGACGAAUGAAAACAAUCGCAUCAACGAGCAAACGUAUACCAACUCACAGAACUACUUCAACUUCCGGUUCAACAUACUGAGCGCUCCUACUGACGAUUCGCGUGUGCGUAUUCCCGUGGGAUACCACGAGCACCCCUUCCAAUUCCAGCUGCCCAACAGCAUCCCAUCCAGCUUCGAGCACAAGUAUGGGUACAUAAGGUACACGGUGAAAGCUGUGAUCGACAGACCAUGGAAAUUCGAUCACGAGUGCAAAGCUGCGUUCACCGUGGUCUCGAAUUUGAAUUUGAACUCGUACCGAGAGAGAUGCUUGGGAAUCGAUGACGAGGCUCAGAAAAAUUUUUACCAAUGCUGUUGCUACGAUGUGGGCUCCUUGAACAUGCACAUCAGAGUUCCAUCCACUGGGUACGUUCCAGGACAGUCGAUAAUCACGACGAUUGACUACACCAACUCCUCGAACAGCGUCGAGGUAACGCGGUUCACCACAAAAUUAGUACGAGAACUUAAAUUCCACGCGUCUUUUGGUAAAACAAAGAAAGAAUUUGCCGACGUGCAAAGUAACAAGUACUCAGGACCAUUUUCCAAUGUGGGUCAAGUUUUUCUGGAGCUGCGAAUACCGCCAGUACCACCGUCCAGCCUGGAGCACUGCAGCAUUAUAGACUUGAUUUACUAUCUCAAAGUCGUCGUCCACAUUUCCGGAGCGCACUUCAAGCUUACCAGAAAUUAUCAAGUCCUAAUAGGAACAGUGCCAUUAUUCUGUCCACCCACUGCCCCGUCCUAUAGCGAAGUAAAUAUACAAGGAAAUGAAGCGCCUAAUCCAGUAGCUGGACCAUCGAGCAGUGGUUUGCCUAAUGCACCACGACAACCCCUUGGUUUCAUUAUGCCAACCCAGGGUGGCAGCUCCUCCAUCAACUGGCAAAUACCGCCGCCAUCCUACGAGGAAUGCAUGUCAGGGGCUGAGAACAUCAGGGACCACGAUGAAUCGGACUUCGUGCAUGGUGCAGACACCCCAUUCGCGCCUAAAUACCCUGUGUUCGACUAUCCAACGCCAACCAUACAGGCUAAAUAAGUAUACUAGAGAAACGGAAAUUUUACGCUGGAGCUACCACAAGGGUUGAAUGGAAGUAUCUCGACGAAGUAUAGUACCCUCGACUCAACCGUUGCAAAUACAUUCGAGGCAGCACGGAUUUCAUCCAAAACCUGAAAGUCUAUCUCGACUGCUGUAUCUAGAUGCAACGCUAAAUACAGUCUUCAACUAUGUAUAUAAUAAAUGUACACGCACAUUUGUACAUUUGCGGUAUAUUCUCGUCGCCAACGA